UUUGGAAAUAGCGUGGGAAAGAACAAAUUCAGAGGGAAAUCGCUUCCCACCUAUGUCUACCCUCCAAGUCUGAAAGCUGCAGUGAGAGAAGCCAUAGGUGGGGAGCUCGGCGACUACCCAGAUCCCCAAGGAUCAGCGGUAAGUUACAGUCCUUUGUUUAUGAUCUAGUACGGUUACAAGUCUUUUGAACGUUUGUGUGUGAUAAGAUGAGCACUUUUCUGUGAUUGAAAUUAAUAGAAACGACGUUCUUUUUUUUUUUAACCAGGUGUAUCAUGUCACGUUGAGAGAUCUGCAAGAGGCAAAAUGGCCAGGAGCCAAACCAAAGUAA